CAAGACGAAACCGCCAUCACAUGACUACAUGACGUCAUAAGCCGGCAUUCGUAAGUGACCUUCUGUGCGACCGCCACAACGUGUUUGUCUCUCGUAACGAAGAGGAACCACACAGAAGACAGUUUCAUUCAACAAAUUCUAAACUACUGGUGACUAUGGGCGACGUGGCCAAAGGCAAGAACACGUUUGUGAAGAAGUGUGCGCAGUGCCACACUGUUGAGGAGGGGGGCAAGCACAAGGUUGGGCCCAACCUGUGGGGUCUCUUUGGCCGCAAGACAGGCCAGGCGCCGGGGUUUUCGUACACAGAUGCCAACAAGAGCAAAGGAAUCGUGUGGGGCGAGGACACCUUGAUGGUGUACCUGGAGAACCCCAAGAAAUACAUCCCGGGCACCAAGAUGAUCUUCGCCGGCAUCAAGAAGAAGGGCGAGCGCCAGGACCUUAUUGCUUACCUCAAAUCGGCGACAUCAUGAAGGGUGUUUCUGUUUUAUCCUAUGCUCUUGAUUCACAUGCAUCAAAAAAAAAAAAAUCAUCAUAUGUUGAGUCAUUUGUACAGAUGCUAAUGAGAAGGGAGAGAGACGCUUGUGUGAUUUCUCGUUGGCACUCGUACAUGUGGCCAACGCCUUAUGUGGAAAUAUACAUUUCAAAAGAUUGAAAUCAUUUGGCCAUUACCAUCAUUGCUUUAAAGUCAACACUUGGUUUUAGAUUUCUAAAAAUGUCCCGUUAGCGUCUAAAAUGCAGCCCCUCUACUUUGCCAAGGUCGCAAAUUAUUCAAAGUUAGGUGCGCGGAAACACAGAAUAAAAAAAAAAAGUGCGCACGCAGAAGGAAAGAUGCUGGUUUGUUAUUUACCUGGUUUCACAGGCCCGAAAGAGUCUUUUAACUUAUUUUACUGCCACUUUAGUGACUGUCUGUAUGUCAAAUGUUGACCAGGGGCUGUAUGUACAUUUAUGAUUAUGUGCUCAAGGAUUAUCUAUUAAACAAAAAACGUCCAUUGAUCAAAA